AUUGCAUCACUUAACUGUGGAUUCUAAUAUACCAUUUGCUAUGUGUUACCUGAGUUUGUUCUCUAGGCCCCUGUGCUCUUUGGGGCAGAACCUCAGCUGGUGCAAAUUGUCAUAGCUCCACUGAGGUCAAUGGCACAAGGACAAUUAAUAUCAGCUGAGGAUCUGACCCUGCUGAAGACCUGCUCAUGCCUUACUGCCUGGGGUGAAACCAGGUGACUUGUACUGACCAGUAACUCUUUCUAGCUUAAUGUUAUUUUGCCAAUAAGGUGCAAAAAGGUCUCUGACAGUCAAGGGUAGAACGCUGUUGUGGAGCAUGGCAAGUGAAAAACACAUGUGUGCACACAGUGAAAACUCCUUUAAUGAUGAGAUAUGUGUAGAGAUGUAGACUCCCCUCUCAAACUGGAAUGCCAGUGUGUGGCCCCUCGCACAGACUGACAUAUUCCAGACUGCUAUCUGGCUCUGUAGAAAGGAUGUGGUGUUCUUUAAAUGAACUGUAUAGGCCAGCAGAGGGCUGGGCGUUCUUUUACUUUUUCAGAGAGAAGAGGGCUAACAGAUCCUUAGAGGUAGGACAAAAGGCAGGAGACUUGAAUGGGUCCCCUUGAUUUUUCUCUCUCUGAGUGAAUUAACUCAUUGACUCUGCGACGGGAUUCAGGCCAUGAUAUCUAAGAAUGGGUAUCUGUCUGUUAAGCUCGUUUUAUCUUUCUCUGUAACAGUUUCCCCAAGCUUGAACAAAUCCUGAUAGCUGUGCAGAUUUUGUAUGGUUGACAAUUGUUUACGAUACGCACUUUGAUGGUGAUAGUAGAUGCACUCUCUCUUUAACUGCGUUGCAUUUUAUGGGUGUUUCAGACAACAAUGGACAAGUGUCCCCUGCUGGUCUUCCCCAGUCAGGUGGGAUGCUAGUCCAAAGAGUAGAUUGUGGAACACAGUGAUACCAACAGCCCUUGUCCAACCAGAGACAAUUCAGUGUUUGAACUCUCCAGAAAUCACUCUGCAGCCACAGAAGCAGGUGGUUGUGUCGGAAUCUGCUUGGUGUGUUGGAGUUUUGUUGCGUACAGAGUAACAGCUGUUUCCUAUUCAUUCAUCAGCAUAAAUCAUCUGAGUGAGACUUAGUGGGUACAGUGGUGGAAGCAAAGAAACUUUUGCACACCCACAGCAUGAGAUUUCAAGAUAUGUUAUGAAGCAAUUUGUCCAAUUCAGUGUGAGAUUUCUGCCACUUGAGCUUUUUCCAUCAGUUGCCAGAGGAGAGAUGUAACCCAUGAUGACCUGUGAGGUGGAAACCAAUAAGGAAGAUGCACAGCACUUAACCAGUAGUGGAAGGUAAAAGAUCUUCAUACAGUCCUAUUGUGAACAAUAUUCUUCUUCAAGAAAUGACCAGGUCCAAUUAAUCUCUGAGGAAGGGCCAUCAAAGUGCCUAGCCCCAACCUCAAAUUGCAGGAGGCAACAGUCAGUCCCUGCCAUGGGUAAAAUCUCCAGUUGUCACACCUCCAUACUCAGCCCAAACACCAGAUCCAGAGGGCAGCCAGUGGUAUGAGUCGGGCCAGCAGCAACCUGGGAUAGUCAGUGCCAUGGUGGCCAAGAGAUCCUGGCACUGGUGUCUCCAACACCUCCUCUGUGAGGAAUGUCGGCUGCUUGCACGCAGCAUGGUGAUCUGUGCACUGGCUCCAGUCCCAUCUAGUGAUGUCCUGGAUGCUGUUUUCAGUCCUGCUUCAGGGUAGGAGAUGAAUGCUCCAGGCUGGAUGCAAACAGUACUGUUAAUUUUCAGUUUGCUGAAGACCAGGUCACUCAAGUUCCCAUCAGACCUGGAGGAGCUGCGAGAGCUUGCAGAGUUUCUACAGUAUUAUAAGCAAGAGCACCAGAGCUAUGUGCUGCUGCUGUUCUGUGCUGCCUACCUCUACAAGCAAUCCUUUGCCAUCCCCGGCUCCAGCUUUCUGAACAUCCUCGCUGGGGCUCUGUUUGGACCAUGGAUGGGGCUCUUGCUGUGCUCUGCUUUGACUUCCGUGGGUGCCACCUGCUGUUACCUGCUCUCUGGGGCCUUUGGAAAACAGUUUGUAGUCUACUGGUUUCCUGAUAAAGUGGCCAUGCUGCAAAGAAAGGUGGAGGAGAACAGGAGCUGCUUAUUUUUCUUCUUGUUGUUUCUGAGACUUUUCCCCAUGACCCCAAACUGGUUUCUGAACCUGGCGUCUCCGAUUCUGAACAUCCCGGUUUCUCAGUUCUUCUUCUCCGUCCUUAUCGGUCUGAUCCCCUAUAACUUCAUCUGUGUGCAGACGGGUGCCAUCCUCUCACAGAUCACCUCCCUGGAUGCCAUUUUCUCCUGGGGCACGUUGUUUAAGCUACUGGCCAUAGCCAUGGUGGCGUUGAUACCAGGCACCCUGAUUAAGAAAUUCAGCUGGACACACCUGAAAUUGGAUGAAAAGGACCAGAGCGUUCGCCUGCUCAACGGCAGAAAGAGCUCAUGAUGGACCGGGCGCAGCAGCUGCUCAGAAUACCUGAUUGUGCAUUUAUGGGGAUGGUGCAAUCCUCAGCAACCAGAUGGUGUUUUAACUUGCUGCCUGCACUGCCUCUUCUCUGCACAGGCCAAGGCAGAGGACAACUGCAGUUCUUAAAUCUUUUUAAAUCUAGGAGGAGACGUGAUGGUCUCGUUUUAAAUGGUGCUUGUAUAAAUGUGAAUGUCUGGCUUGCUGGGGAGCUGCCAGUGGGCUUUGGAAAAAUCUACAGGGCCAUUUUCUGACCCUGGUGAAGUGCUGCCACAUUUAGUGCCAUAGUGGAGCUCCUGGCCUCCACAGAGGUUUGCCAAGUGUGUCCGGUGCCCUGGGGCUCUCCGAAGUGCUGGUGACUGGCAUUCUCAUGGCGGUUGGUUUAAGAUGGCUGUGGUGGAGGUAGAGCUUAGUGAGGACUGGGCUGGCUGUGAUAAAUGAGCCACUUGUGUGCCCACCUGCACAGCGAAAGCAGCUCUGCUUGCCCUGGCACACGGAGUUCAGGUGUGUUCGGACAAGGCCUCCUGCAAGGCUGCAGUGUGUCACUGCCUCCUUCCUCCCCAGUCUCCGUGAGCUGUGCAGUGGGGCUUUCACUGGAGCUGAGCUAAUGCUACAGGCUCGAGGGUUAACAGGCCCCCUGCCAGGGUGAUUGUGCCUGGGGGUACUGGGGAGCUUGUGCCUGGGGUACUUACCAUGCUGGAGCUUCCCCUUGCUUGGUUCACAAGGAUCGUGGUUCCUGUUGUUUUGGAUUCAGGAGAGCACAGGUGCCCUUGCUGCAUCCACAGCUGGCCUGCUCCUUUCCUUCUGGCAUAGGGUACUUCUAGGCACACCUCAGCCCCACCCCACCCAGAUCCUUUCCUGUGAUUGCUUGUUGUUCUACAGCUCACUUCAGUGGCUGCAUGUUUCCCACCGUAGAAUCCCCCCUCCCCACCGGUUGCUGUAUUCUUCAAUGUCAUUCUUUUAAUGCUUCCGAAGGAAUCAGAAUAGCUGUACUUCCUGUCCCAGGGAAGCCCAUUGCAUCCUCAUCCCCUUGUAGCCUGCCUCCAGCAGUGGCCAAUAAAUCCCCAGUAUUUCAGCAGAAGAUACAAAAUCUCCUGCUGCUUCCAUAAUGCCCCUGGCCAUGUGUGCAAUUCUGUGCAUGGAAAGAGACUGCCUGCUUGAGAAAAUGGAUACACAGCUCCAGAAGUAGCUUCGCUUGGUUAUCCAGCCUGUCUGGUCCAGAGUCAGUGCUCCUGGGUUUAUUGGAGUAUAGUUUCUUAAUGCAGGAAACCAGCCCUAAACCUGGUUACUUCACAGCCAAGCCCUGAGCUUUUUACAUGCCUAUUUCUGAACAGAGGAAACCCCAGGAGCAGUAUCUCCAGGGAAUCAGUCUCAGCAUCACUUGUGCCAUCCAAGUGUUUGGGGAAAUAGCAACUCUUUCUGUCUGUAUUUAGCUGUUCAGGAUCUGUGUCCUUCUGACAAGGUUUCAUACUGAGGAAUGGACUUCUCUGCAGCGAGGUUGCGUCUGUGCCUGUGGCAGGUACCAUCUGGGGUGCAUUGUGAAUCAGCUGCUCCUUAGACAAGAAGACUGAAGGAAACGCAGCCCAGAAAUCCCUGGCUGCUGAAGCCCAUCUGAGUGGUUAUUUGUCUCCUUGCCUGGUCUCACCAAGUGCCUUACCACCCAGGUGUCUGUGUUUACAUGUAAAUUACUGCGUCUCAAAUAAAUGGUGGUGAAACUUUA